UUUUUCCUUUUGCAUUUUCGUUCUGUCUCUCUCUUUUCUCUGAUUCGAUUGAAGAAUUGAAAUCAAUCUGUGCCUCUCUCUCUUUGCGUUCGAUUUCUACUUUUCGAUCCGUGAAUCGAUUUCAAUGGACGAGAGCGAGAAGAUUGAUCUCGAACUCAAACGUUCCAUAACCAUUCACGUCGAUGUCUCUUCCGAGAACAACAAUUUCAUUGUUGCUUCGUCUUCGUCCACCAGUUCCCUCUGUGAAAAUCAAUCUUCAGAAAAUCAGAGUAACAAUGCAAGUUCUGAGUUGCUGGAGGUUGCCAAUGCUGAAAAAGUAGUGGACACAGCAGAUGUCAAUUCACAGAUGGAACAUUUACCUCCAUCUGAGUCAUCGGAGCCUGAAGGGACAAGAAAAAGUGGCAAGUGUAAUUUGCGCAAAAGUUUAGCGUGGGACACUGCCUUCUUUACUAGUGCAGGUGUUCUGGACCCUGAUGAGUUGUCUAGCAUGAUCGAGGGAGUUGACAAGGGUCGAAAACAUUUUUUACCUGGAAUUGACGAGGAAAUAUGCAGAUCUACUGACUCACUCUCUACAUUAGAAAGUGAUUUGACACUGGAAAGUCUUGAAGCUGAUUUGUUUGAAGACAUCAGAGCUUCAAUUCAGAAAUCCAGUAAAGCAUCUCAUAUGGCAAGUUCUAGUAAAGCUCCAUCAGGAGAGGCAGAAACCCAACCUAUCUGUACUUUAAAGAAGGUGAACCUUACUUCUAAGACUAUGAUGAACCCAAAACCUGCCUCCAAGAAACCAAACAUUGGCAUGCAAGGACCAGGGAAAUUGACAAAGCAGAGUUCUGGUUUUUCACAAGGCACUCAGCCUGUUGCUAGAAAUGGGGGCCCAACUUCAUCCCUUGAGAAGGCACCAAAGGUAAUUGGAAGGCCUAAUCCCAUAUCGUCAGCAGCGCUGAAAAGAUCUUCUUUGUGCGGCAACCAAGUUAAAAGCGAAAAUGAUAAAGAAAAAAGUGCAUCUGUUCCUGGUAAAGUGGCUCCAUCAACAAAGAUACAUGGUUUGGGUGGUUCCUGUAGGGCUGUGCAUAAGCCCGCAUUAUCUUCAAAAGCCUCCUCUUCUAGUUCUUCAACAUUGAGCAAGACAAAGCCACCACCAAAAUCCUCUUCCUUGACUGAUAGUUCUGGCAGUGCAUCAUCUGCCAAUGUCGGUAUAUCUCCUGUGAAUUCUACUAGAAGAAAGAUUGUUUCCAGCAGCGUUAACCCAACUUCCUCCAGUUCAAUCCUCAAAACACAAGCAAAGGUUGCAUUGAAGAAAAAAGGACAGUCUGGUCUCUCAGCUUGUUUAAUGUCAUCAAAGCUUUCUUCUAAUAAUACAUCUCCUGCUAGUUCUAUUAGUGAAUGGUCCUCAGAAUCAUCUUCAUCAACUUCUACUGUAAAUCAGAGGUCUAAUACUUCAAGGGCUAGCAUUGAUACUAGCUCUCCUUGUACAUCCCUAGAUAAUGGUGCCCCAAGUCCUUUGGAUCAUCGUAACCAAUCUAAUGAUCAAAUCUCAGAUCGACAUGAAAUUAAGGCAACUAGACUAUCUAGUGAAAAUGUAAAUACAACUUCAAUGCAGACUGGCGCACAUGUUCGACCAGAUAUGGUAAAACCCUCAGGUCUGCGAAUGCCAUCACCAAAGAUCGGAUUUUUUGAUGGGGUUCGUACCCCUAAAGGAAAUCCACAAUCUAUCUGGCAUUUCCUGUUGGUGCCCAAAGAUUGGACCUGUGAGGGUGUCGUGCCUAGCAUCGGUAGCUCAAGUGUAGGCAACUCAAGCAAGGCAAAACUUUCAAAGCUUCAACCUGCAAGAAUAGUGACAGCAACUGGGAACAUGAAGCCCAACACUCGAAAACCUGUUUCACCUGUACCAUCUCAGAAACUAUCAAAUGCUUCCACAAAGGUCUCUAGUGCUUCACAGGUUGUAAAGAACUGCCCUAGCGCAUCACCUCAAGUCCAUAAUGAAAUGAAUGGAGAAAGUUGCUUGAAAGCUGAGGAAGUAGGACCUAAAGGGCCCAACGAAGCUAACCCUGUUCCAGAUGCUGGUCUGGAUGCUGAAACAACUGGAAGUUUAGGUGUCACAAAGAGUGAAAUGAAAGUAGAAAAACAGCGUAAUACCAACUUAAAUGAUGUCAAGAUUGCUCCUAUUGAAGGAUAUAGCUUUGAUUCAAAAACCCAUUGUAAUGCUGAAAAUAUAAAGCUAUCUGAAGAAGUGGGUGAAGAUGCUAUUUGUGGCUUACAGAAUCUCAAGGAUAACUUGUGCUCACUUUAUAAAAGGAAUGACAAGGAAAACACCACCCAUUCUGAAGAUCAAGUCGAUGGUACGAGCAUCCAAAUCAGAACCAAGGACUCAAAACAGGAGCUGCAAAAAGAGCUCAUUGGCAAUUCUAUUUCUCAAAUUGAUUUCAGUCACCCAGAUUCUGGCCAAAAGGAGUCACCAAGUAAUUUGUCAGGGCCCACUCUGAUCUCUCUUUCUCCGGCAACCAUUGAAAUUGCAGCCCCCACAAGGACUCCUUUUACUGUUAAGAAUUCUUUCUGCAAUGGUGAGGGGUUUGACCUUUCAGCCAAAUCAAGCACUCGGGUGGUAGAGAAGACGACAUCGUUACCUUCUGUAGAAAGUGCUCAAACUGAGAACAGUUAA